UAUAAUAAAUAAAUAUGAGCUGAAAGUAUUGAUAUGUUUGUUUUGUGCUAGUGCCAGAUUCAUCAUCAUAUUGAAUUAUUGCAACCUGUUGAAGAUGCACAACAUAAAUUCUUGGAAAUAUACUUCAUGGGCAAUAUGAUGGAACAACUUGAACGGCGUCAAGAGAUCAACACAGCAAUGAAAAUAACAAUUCUUCAAGAUCUGCAGCAACUACUUCAUGAACAUCAUUGGUCAGGCAUUGGUCAGGCUGUUCAAGACUGCGUUGGAGCGCAUGCCACAUGAUAACUACAAAGUUGUGAUCAGAGCGGAUAAACGACCAGCAGAAACACAUGAACGCAAAUUUAACGCUCCAACAAUAGAUAAAGUUGCAAUCCUGAUCGUUGGAGAAAACUUGAACAUACGCGAUAUUGUGCUUACACGUCGCGAUACUGGGCAACUGCAACAAGUAUGUGAAACACACCGUUCAUAUGACACGUUGCAAUACCCACUGAUGUUUUGGCAAGAAGAUGAUGGAUAUGACUUCAAUAUAAAAAUGAUAAACCCAUUGAAUGGUUUGUGAGGAAACUACCAAGAAAAUUAGUUCGUGUAAUCCAAAAUGGAAAGAAAUUGUUCAAAUGCUGCUUUCUGGACAGACAUCAAGUGAUCGGCACGACAUCACUGCACGUGUAUUCAAGCACAAAAUUCGAUCGCUGAUGAAUCUAAAAUUUAAUAUAACAUUCAUUGACUGUUACGCGGUACGAAGUUCGCGGGGUCACCUAGUAUAUUCAUAAAUUUAAAUAAACAAAAUUUCUAAGUCACGCAAUGAUUAUUAGCGAAAGUGCUUUCUAUGUAUGUAGGUAUAUAGCAAUAACUGACUAUAAACCAUUUCCGAAUCUCAUUCAUAAAAUUUUUAUUAGAGCUCAGA